AUGGCGUCCUCUCCACAAUACUCGUCCUCGGCGCCCAAAGCCGACGACGAGGCGGUGUCCCACGAAGAAAUCUACGACCAGCUCCUACAGGUCGUGUCCACCUACCCGACGGCGCCCAGCGGCAUCGGCCGCCCGUACACCCACCACCCGGACGGCUGGUACGCGUUCACGCCGGCCGUCGUGAACGCCAUGGUCAUCAAGCGGCACCUCAAGGCGCGCGACACCGACGUCUUCCUCGCCACCUUUCCCAAGUCCGGCACCACCUGGCUCAAGGCGCUCCUGUUCGCGACCCUCCGCCGCACCGCGGACGGGCCAGCACUCGCGCCGCUCGCAGCCCACAGCCCCCACCAGCUCAUCCCUUUCCUGGAGGUCCAGGUCUUCAGCAACGGCCGGAUCCCCGACCUGAGCUCCCUCCCUGCGCCGCGGGUCCUGAUGACGCACAUCCCGUCCCGGUCGCUGCCGGAGUCCGUCACCGCCUCCGGCUGCAAGGUGGUGUACCUAUGCCGGGACCCCAAGGACUGCUUCGUGUCGCUCUGGCACUUCUGGAACCGGUUCACGCCGUCGCCGUGGGGCCUCGGCGAGGCGUCCCAGCAGUUCUGCGACGGCGUCUCGCUGUUCGGGCCUUUCUGGGAGCACGUGCUGGGCUACUGGCGCUGGCACGUGGAGAGGCCGGAGCAGGUGCUCUUCCUGACCUACGAGGAGCUCGCCGCCGACACGGUCGGUCAGCUGAGGCGCCUCGCUGCGUUUGUCGGCUGCCCGUUCACGGCAGAGGAGCGGGAGGCCAGGGUAGACAGGGAGAUCGUGGAGGCAUGCGCCAUGGAGAGCCUGGCGGGACUAGAGGUGAACCGGUCCGGGAAGACCGCCAUGACCGAGACGUCAGUGGCGAACAACACAUUCUUCCGGCGCGGCGUCGUUGGCGACUGGAAGAACCACCUGACGCCGGAGAUGGCGAGAAGGAUCGAUGAGAUCAGCGAGAGCAAGUUCAGAGGAACGGGGUUGGCGUUGACACCGGCAACCGCAGAACAGAACUAG